AUGCCGCCAACGUCAAAGUCCAUCAGAAAACAGUGUCCAGAACACUUGUUUACUGGGCAAUGCUCAAACAUCGCUUCAUGCGCCUACAAGAAACACUCUUACCUAUGCCGUCCGUGCGGAAGCAUCAUCGAGAUCGGCUCAAACCCUUCAUUCGAAACGCACAACAUGGUGGCGAACCACAUCAAACGCAUUGCUCUGAACGAAAACUACGACACUUGGUUCUGUCCGUCCUGCUCUGAUAACAUUCCGUUGGAUGAGCAGCACUGGAGAGAUCAUAUCUCCAAACCCGCCCAUCCUCAGGUCAUCCCUCAAGUUCUCAUCCCUCACAUAUCCGAACGUGUUAAUUACUGUUUUCCCUGUACAAGAAUCAUUCGCGACUCCUCUUGGAAAUCCCAUAGCAGCGGUCAAGGGCACUUGAAAAUGCAAAUCGUUGCUCUCUAUAAGACUCAGUACGAGCAGAAGCUCAGCUUGGCCAACGUUGUAGAAGUGUCACACCAAGAAGGAGUCAACUUCGGACUCAUUGACACCUCUGUUGCUCAUCACGGCACCCAGGUCCUCGUCAAGCUCACCACGCUGACUCAUGGACUGGCUUUGAGCAGUUUGCGCGUUACCAGAGGCGUCGGGCAGCAAGAUUCUCCUCACUUUCAUGUCCCAUUCAUCGUCUCCCUCGGGAGCACACUAGGGAUCAAUCAGUCCAUUGAAAUCCCGGUGACUCUCAAAACCAGUCAACGCGGCAAGUUGAUCGGUGUUCUUGUCCUCGUCGUCAAGAACACAUCGAACGGCAGCAUAGUGAAUGUCCCUGCGAGGAAGUUGACCGCAGUCGUCGGAAGCGCCGCGGACCAUGACCUACUGAAGGCAUCGACGACGUACGUCAAACCUAAGCGUGCACGUUGGCGCAAGGAGCUGGAGACUCUGGAAGGCGAGCGUCCGCCCGCUCUCGAUUCCGCCCCAUGGGUCCGGUCUCUCCCGCAAGCGCCGAUUCCCAAGGAACUCUACGAUAUCUUCGCCAAAGGAGCAACCCGGGCGGCCUUGGAGCAGCUUCGGAACGAGUACUUUCAUGGCGAGUUGUCGAUCAAUUCACAUUCCAUCUGGUUCUCUCGGUUGCUUUGGGCAGAAGAAGCGCGCACCAUCGAAGACUUGCGCUUCUACGAUAUGCACGCCGUCACGUUAGAGAAGGAGGAGGAAGGUCGUUUGUACACGCUGGCAGUCCCGGGUCUCUCGGAGAAACGGCCCAGCGUUGUCUUCGGUGAUACUGUAUUGGCACAGAGGAACGACCGGUCCAAUGGUCGGACAUACAAAGGCUUCGUCCACGGAAUCCAGCUCGACCACAUCCGUGUUUCCUUCCAUUCUUCAUUCGACGACACUGCACGCUAUAAUAUCAGAUUUGAGUUCAAUCGCAUCACUAUAUGCCGACAACAUCAAGCACUCACAGCACCAUCGGUCUCGAGCGAACGGCUUCUAUUCCCACUUCUGGGUGACCAAGGCGUCCCGAACACGAUGACGGAUGAACAACUCCAAAGCCCUAUUGCGACGUUCAAUCCCCUCAUUUCGACGAAUGUUGCUCAGCUUCAAGCAAUCAAGUCGAUCGUACGCCUCAAGCCCGGCUCGGCGCCGUUCAUCAUCUUCGGACCCCCUGGGACAGGGAAGACCAUCACGAUGGUCGAAGCCAUCCGCCAGGUCCUGGACCGAGACCCUCAUGCGAAAGUUCUCGCUUGUGCCCCUAGCAAUAGCGCCGCGGAUCUCCUGGCCCAGCGGCUCUCCAUUGCGUUCUCCCCCACUGAUAUGUUCCGAUGUAACGCCAUCUCCCGCAUGCGAGUCACCCUCUCGGCAGAGCUCAUGCAGUAUUCCCUUUUUCGAGGACACCGCUUCGCCUUGCCUUCCCUCGAACAGCUCAACUCGUACAAAUUGAUUAUCUCGACGUGCGGAAAUGCCUCAUUCCCAUAUAACGUCGGUAUAGACACUGGUCAUUUCACCCACAUCUUCAUCGAUGAGGCUGGCCAAGCCUCAGAGCCCGAGGUACUGCAGGCUAUCAAGGCAAUUUCUGGGAAUGAUACCCAGGUCGUUCUUUCCGGCGACCCAAAGCAACUCGGUCCAGUUGUUCGGUCAAGCAUCGCGCGUCACUUCGGGCUCGGCAAAAGUUACCUCGAGAGGCUGAUGGAACAGCCCGUGUACAACAGCGACACGGCCCCGACUCGCGCCUUUGUCAAGCUCGUGAAGAACUUCCGCUCGCACGACGCCAUCUUGCAUUAUCCCAACCAGCAGUUCUACGAGGGCGACCUGGAAGUCUGCGGAGACCCAGCCGCGAUCAACGCGUUCAUCGGGUCGCCGCAGUUGGUGAACCCGGCCUUUCCCGUCGUCUUCCAGCAUCUUCCCGGAGAGAACCAGCGCGAAGACACCUCGCCGUCUUACUUCAAUAUCCUCGAGGCGACGGAGGUGAUGGAACGCAUCAAGUCCCUUCUCGCAGACGCUGCGCAUCCUGUUCGACCCGAGGACAUCGCGGUGAUAACGCCGUAUCACGCCCAAGGUCGCAAGAUCCGCCUCCUCCUGAAACAAUCGACCAUCGAGGGGGUUACGGUGUGCAGCGUCGAGCAGAUCCAAGGGCAGGAGCGACCCGUGAUCAUCGUCUCCACCGUGCGCAGCAGCCGAGACCUGCUCUCGUACGACGCCAAGUUCACAUUAGGUUUCGUGGCGAACCCGCGUCGCUUCAACGUCGCCGUCACCCGGGCCAAGGGUCUCUUGAUCGUCAUCGGAGACUCGAACGUCCUCUCGAUCGAUCCAAUCUGGCGCGGCUUCCUGAACUACGUCCAUCGGCGCGGCGGGUGGAGCGGCGACGCGCCGGAGUGGGACACGGCCGCGCCGGUGGACAUGAACGCCGACUACGCGGCGGAGAUGCGGGAGGCUGCCGCAAACGACAUGGACGCUCUGUUGGCUCGACUUGAGGAUGGACCGGACUUGGAGGCUGAAGCCAACGUCGAACGGCCAUUCGAGGAGGAGGAUUGA